GCUGGUUAGUUGAAGUCACUGAUGAGCAGUGCAAAAGCAUUUACUAUUUGCAAUUAUUAGGUCGCGAGAUCUUAGCUACUGUAAAUUUAUUGUUAGGGUUCUUAUAUUGGUUAAAUUGAUAAGAAAGCUAUAGAUGUAAGAAGUGUCAGUGAUAUUAGAUCAUGAAAUAAAAAAUUCAUGGCCACGAAGCAGGCGUGCGUGCCUGAUGACGUAACGUUUCAAGCGGUAUUCGUAUAGAGACCUUGAAAGUCUGUUUGUAAUUGUGAGUGAGAUUCCAUGCAGCAGUGUGUGAGAACGCAUGCAUUAACAUUUUUCUGUAGAGCAUAAACAAAUGACACUUUGAGUGGUCAUCAUUUUUCGCAGUUACACGAGUUUGUCACAAAAUGGAGGACCUCUCUGACAGUUAUUUAUUUGCUAUACAAAAAAUCAGUGGUGAAACUCAAACAGAUAAAUUUAAAGAAAUUGGCCGUAUUGUACAACAUAUUGUAAAUUUUGCGAAAAAUCAAUCGGAUAUAAAAAAUGCAAUUGCUACCGUGCCAAAUGCUUUAGUGCCUUUAAUAAAAGUUCUUGUUGGUGUCAAAAUAAAGUCACCUUCUCUCAUAAUACAAGCAUUAAAAUCAGACGAUAUAUAUUUAAUAACAGAAGCUCUUAGAGCACGAUGGUUUUAUGAUGGCAGUGAUAAAUCAAUAACUAAUUACAAAUAUUUUUCAGAAGCAAUCUUUCCUUAUGUCUCAAUGUUCACGCGUAGAAAUAUUGUAAAAAAGUUAUCUGUAUGCCUUUUGGAGAACGAACCAUGUAUAGCUGAAGAUUUUUUUAACGGCAUUGUUGAUACUUACGGCGUGCAAGAAGCUACCAUUCUUUUGCCAGCUUGCCGAAGUGAUUUUAUUUACAAAGCUGUGGUUAAACAUAAAAUUAAUUUAUCCAAUAAAAUUUUAAAAAACCUUUACAGAAAGUAUCCAAAUCUCGUCUUACGUUAUUUGAGGUUUGCGAAUCCUUACGGGAGACGAGAUGAAACUGAUCGAAUUAUGUUUAAGAUUGUCGAUAUCAAUGAGUAUGAAAAUUUCAUGCCACUGUUGAUAACCAAACAUCCGGAAACUUUUAUCGAUAUGCAAGAAAUUAGUAGAAUUUCACCAAACUUAGGAAACAGACGAACAAAGAUGCUUUUAAAACAUGCUAAAAAAUUUUUGAUUGAAAGGCCACGAGAAGUAAUUGAUCUAAUGCCUAUAAAAUUAGUUUAUGAUAAUUUAACUCAAGAAGAAUUUGAAACAAUGUUUGGUAAUAUUAUGGAAGAUCGUUGGGAUAUGUUCAAUAUAGACAAUAUGUUGAACUAUCUAGAAUAUUAUCCAGAAGAUAAACGAGCUACUCUCAUUAAGAAUAAAGUAAAAGAAAAAUAUGGUUUUAAUAUUUUAGAAAAAGUUGAAAAAAUGACUACAAAAUUUUUAUUACUAUUGCCGCAAAAAGAACGUUUUGAUUUAGCUCGACGAAUCAUCGAAGUUGGGCACAAAGUUGUCGAUGGGUUUGAUUCUGAAAAUACUUGGUGGUGUUAUUUACCAAUUGACGAGGCUAUUUCAGCUUUAAAAAUUCAAAUGGCGAAAAAUUGGAGAUCAAAUAAGCGUCAAAAGAUAUUUUCACAACUCAUUUAUGUAUGUAAAUUGAAUGAAAGCAAAGACGCUUUACUUGAAGUUUUAAAAUUCCUUGAUGAAAAGUGUAAGAACGAAAGAUCUCAAGUUAUAUGCAGUAUGCUUGAUCGUAUAACCCAAGAAUUUGAUCUUGAUACCUUUGAUAAUCAAUAUUGGCCGAUUUUGUUCAAUUUAGUAAAGCGAAUUAAAUUAAAAAAAGAAAAUGCAAGAGAUUAUUGGGUUCUUAUAAAAAUUCUGAAAAAAAAUGUUCAUUAUUGUAUCAAACAUGACCUACCAUACGACGAUAUAAUUCAAGUAAUUGUUCGAUUAUUUGUAGAAGGGCGCGUUGGUGUAUCAUGGAAACUACUUGAAGAUGAAGCAGAAUAUGAAAGAAAGUAUUUAGAUGUCUGUUUUAAGCAUAAUUAUUGGCUCAAUAUGGACUACAAGAAAAAUAUAGUAGAAGGUAUUUAUAAUUUUAAUGAACGUCAUGGUUUUACAAAUGAAUCGACAGGUAGAUUAUCUUUGAAAGAUUAUCCACAUUUAUUGGAAAUCGUGAAGAGAACGAUCAAAGAUGAACAAAAUGAAACAUUAAGUUGGAUAAUUUAUACUAAAGAAAAACUAGAAAAACACGAACCGGAGCUGUUUAAAUCUUGGUUUUGUGAUAAACAAAAGAGCGAAAAAAAUGAAAAAAUGGAAACGGAUAAAGAUGAAAAACAAAUAGAACUAGCAGUAACUGAAAAAAUCAGAAGUGAAAAAACGAUUGAAAAAAUGGAUGAAGAAACAGAAGACGAGAGUGAAGAGAAGAGAGAUGUUGUUAAAUCUGAUAAUACGGAUGGUGAUUCGUCUAUUGAUUCAGUGAAAAGCUCAUCAGAAGUCAAGGAAAAAGUAAUAUAUCUUACAGAAGCUAUAAUAGCAUUGAAAAGAAAUUUCAGCGUUAUUAAGGAAAAUUGGCCUCAAUACUACGAAUGUUGUAAAAAUGAAGUUAAUACGAAAAAACGCCGGAGAGUAAAGCUUUUCUUGAAAACCUUACGUUGGUAUCAAGAAAUCCCAAUUAAAUUUGUAGAAAGAUCUAUAGAAGAAAAUAAUUUUCACAUUAUUGGAUAUCUGGUUGAUGGGCCAACAUUUUUUAAAAUAGCUCAAAAGCAACUGCCCGACGAAAGCAAUAAAGACAACAACGCCAUUUACUUGAACGCUAUUCAGAUUACUUCAGCUGUCAAAAAUACAACCACGCCAAUUCCUAUUUAUCUAGUCGAGAAAUACUUAACAGCUAGCUAUAUGUAUUCAUUUAAAAACUAUAUAAAUGAUGGUCUGAAAUUAUGGUCGUACGUAGCGUAUCGUACAUCAUCCGAGAAAAUGAUAAAGUUGUCUAAAAAUUUAGCUGCUAAUAGAUUGUUUUUAAAAAGACAUGCUAUUCGCGUAAUGAAUAUUAUGGCAGCUAGAAGUGACUUAGUUGAAUUUUUUAAAGAAAUGUGGGUCGUAGUAAAACAUCCAUUAAUACGUCAAAUGUUAGCUGAUCGGGUGGGAACACUUUUUUCCAAACGACCUAGUGCAGACUCAUGGGAAUUGAUGAGCACUUGCAUUGACGAUUUAUCAAUUCACGAAGAUAAUAUAUUUGAAGAUCUCAUGGGGUUUAAAUCAGUGCCACUUGAGUUUGCUGCUGGAUACGCAGAAAAAACGUUUAAUAAAUUGCAAGAGUUUAUUAGCAAAGGAAUGAGCACUCGUGAUGCUUUGGAUUUACUUGACAGAUUUUUUCAAAAUUUCAAACCUGACUGUACGGAUCAGUUGUCGAAUGACUUUUAUAAAGAAGUAUUGGCGUUUUAUUUAAUAAACUUUGAUGCAGAAACACCGAAUAUUGAUCGUUUUAUUGUAAAAGUUUACUUGAAUCCUGCAAGUAUUCAUUUGCAGGAAAGACUCGUGCACUUAUCGAUUUGUUUUACAAAUGAGUCAAAGCGGUGGUAUGGACUGAGUAUAGAGAAGCGAAAAUUAUCGACAAAUUUUGUUGAUAGAAUUAUACAAGUUGUUGUUUUUCAAGUGCUCAAGUUCAAAGGAAACUUAAGUUUGGUAGAAAAUUUAUAUCGUAUGGUUUCCACUAUAUUAAUACCUUAUAAGCAUUCUUGGUCGUAUAUUAUGUUAUUUUUGUGUACAGAAUUUAUGCGGACUCAACCUUCUUUUAAAGAUUUUGGAAUAAGAAUCAGUGAAACAAUAAGCUCCCUCGUGGAAAAAUUCUCGCCCGAAUAUUUUAUGCAUAUUGUAGAAUUAAUAAGAGAGUUCAUUUGCAAUUUUAAUUUUUACGAGUAUUCUGCAACAAUAAAAAAUCGAUUAAAUUUUCUUGAAGGUUUAAUAGAAAAUGAAAAUAAAAAUGGUCCCAUUAUAGCUGCUAAAUUGCUGAAUUUAAAAAUUGUAAGUGAAUAUGAUAAUCAACAUUGUCAAAUACUUCGGAUUUUAUCUGAAAUAGAUAAUCCAUUAGUUCAAUCUCUUUUGUGAUAUCAAAUCGAUGGUAAAUGACAUUAUGCAACAGAUCAUUUAAAUUUAUUACAAUAAAAUCAUUAUUUCCUUUAUACACAACGUGUGAUACUUCCAAAUAACGUGUGAUAAUAAAAUAUUAUUAUGUCAUAGUUAAUGUUAAACUUUCAAAGAUUCUGUUAAUUUUUCGAUCUGUAAAUAAAACUCAUGUACUAUCUAAGUAAAUUAAGAGUUUUAUAAUGAAAAAUAUAACAAAAAAGUCAUUACUUUUUAUGUAUUCAUUUUGUAUUAUAUUUGAUAACAGCAUAAAAUUAGUAGAAUAUGUAAGAGUCAUAAAUAAGUUGUGGGAAACAUUUUAAUAAAGUGGAUCCAGAUAAAAAAUACUGCCUUAACUUAUUAAAAUGUUCCAAGCGUUUUUGUUGCUGAUGUUUAUUGAUGGUAAUAUGGUAAAUUUUAGUUCG